AUGGACGUACCGCCUAUGCAUCCUGGACCUUUCUCGGAUGAGAUAUUAGUGUUACAAGACGAUCAUAUGUCCGCCUACGUAUGGGAGGGAGAGCUAGUGGAGCAGACUCUCUGCGCCAGGAGAGUGGACGACGUGUGGGACUUUAUGAGGGAGAGAGGUUUCCAUUCCCGGGUAGUCCAGCGCCUGCGUGAUACGGGCUUCUAUAGGACUUUUGAGAUUGGAUGGCUGCAGCUCGACUGGUCUCUGACCACGGCGUUGAUAGAGAAGUGGCGACCGGAGACGCACACUUUCCACCUGCCCAUUGGCGAGACCACCAUCACGCUUCAGGAUGUUCAGCAGUUCACUGGUUUUAGGCCACAAGGUGAGGUUGUAGCUUCAGGGGGCAGUCACAUUUCUGUGACAACUAUUAAACAGCAUUUGGAGGUAUUGCACCCCGACAUCACCGGCGAGAUAGAUGUUCUACAUAUUCACCGGUACACGAGGUUGGCGCUGCUCCUUCUUUUUGGGGGUGUCUUGUUCCCGAACACUUCGGGAAAUCUAGUGAGUAUGCGAUUUCUACAUCAUCUUCAGCGGCUAGAUGAGUUAUCCCAGUACAACUGGGGUGUUGCUUGA